UCGGGUCUGCCCUGUCCUCUAUAUUUAACUCAAACUACAGACCGCUAGGGCUGUGUGAAGCUCUUCCUACAGUAUCUCUUUCUUUCUGUGUCUCUGUUUACGUACAGUAUGUAGUUGCUCUAAAAUACCCUACAACCUUUCUUGGUUGCGAUUCCCGCAUCGGACAUUCAGUGAACAGGGCAGAGGUUGUCAGCUGGACAUCUACCUCCCUUCUCUUUCUGACACACACGACUGGCCAAGUAUGAUCCUCAUAGUAAAGCUGUCAUCAGCUGUGUGUGUCCUUGAGACUGUUAAAGUGUAGGUGAAAGCAGAGGCAGACAGCUGCCUACGGCCCCACCAGCCAUGGAGGGACUCUACUUUGAAGUAAAGCCCAGAAGAGAUGAACCCUCCAGGCCAGGGAGCGCUGAGAGGCCCCUUCCUAACAUAACUUUAAACCACCGCUCAUGUCCAUCACUUUCACAUUUCACCUCUUCCGCACUGUGUCCUCAGAAACCCUCUUCUGCUAGGGAGAGGAAUACAACAUUGGGGGAAAAGGUCGAGGAAGAAGGAGAGGAGGAGGUACGAUACAAACUGAUAUUGAUCGGUUCUCUGCCCGUCCACCACCUGACCACCAUGGCCAUGCUGCCUUGGGUGGUGGCUGAGAUCAGCAAGUCUCGGCUUGCAGAGAAGCAUCUGGGUGCUGGGAUGCGGUCUGGAGGACAGUUGGACCCAUCUACCUGUAAUCACAAAGUUUUUCUGUGUGCAUCAGCAUCAUUGGUGCGAUGUGUGUCCGUUCUGGGAGAGGGAGUUGUCUGGGACCCUUUGACACACACAGUGCUGUUUGAAUGUCGUCCUCACCACGUGACAAAGCUAAUUCACAACAGCCAGGAGCCCAGCAGCUUUGGCUGCAUGGUCAGAGAUGCAAAAAACUGUGCCUGCUAUGUCUUCCAGUGCCAGGACAGCACCAAGGUUCCUGAGAUCAUCAGUACGUUGAGACAAGCUGGCAAGAGCUCUGCACGCAGUGAUGACAUCACCACCAUUUCCAGCAAAACUUCCACUGAAGGCAACGAUUCAUCUGAAAAAUGCUUUUCUUCUCUCUCCACAAUGACAACCUCCGCAGCACCCUCUGCUGCUGUGUCUCCGACAGCCUUUUCCAAGAAGUUUGAGGUGCUGUUCUGCGGCCGUGUGAGUGUUGCUCACAAGAAAGCCCCUCCGGCCCUGAUUGAUGAGUGCAUCGAGAAGUUUGGCCAGUUGCAUGGCUCAGGGACGAGCAGUAAAGAAGGAAAUAGUGGGGGAUUGGUGGGUGGGCUGAGGAGGGUAUUAGCCUUUCAAUCCAAUGGACUGGAGAGCAGUGACAAUGGUAAUGGUGCUGCAAGGAGCCCAACCACUGGGAAGCAUCCUGUCCUGUUUAAAAGAGACCCCAGCUUUCCCUGUCUGCAGGCCCUGGAUGAGAAUGGACUCUCUCCUGAGAUCUCUCACACCAGCACUACAGACUCACACACCCACUCUGCUGGAGUACAACCCACCAGCCUGCAGGAGAACAGGACCAUGCUGUUUACGGUGGGCAGGUCUCAGAUCUUCUUGGUUAGUCCAGAUACUAAGAAAGUUGCCAUAGAGAAGAGUUUCAGAGAAAUCUCCUUCUGCUCACAGGGUAUUCAUCACGUGGAUCACUUUGGCUUCAUUUGCAGGGAGACAGUGGAAGGAGGAAGCUUCCACUUUGUUUGCUAUGUCUUCCAGUGCACCGAUGAAUCACUGGUGGAUGAGAUCAUGCUGACUUUGAAGCAGGCAUUCUCCGUGGCAGCCCUGCAGCAGAAUGCAAAGACCCAGAGCCAGCAGUGUGACAGCUGCCCCAUACAGCAACUCCACAGACUGUGUGAGAGGAUAGAAGGUCUUCCCCCAUCUAAAACCAAGCUGGAGCUUCAGAGACACUUGGCCACUCUGGACAACCAGGAGCAAGCAUCAGUCUUUGAAAACACUAUGAGGGCUCGUCCUAAGAGCGAUCAGGAAGAGAAUGAGUUGGUGAUGGCCUCUUUAAGGAAUCUGUAUGAGGAGAGGCAGAGGAGCCAUCAGCACUCUCUGCCUGGAGACAGAAAACAGCUGUGUGAGGAGGCAGCUCCAGUCCCAGUUGAGGCACAGCAGAGUAGCAGUCGGCAGCGACUUGAGCAGUUCAAGAGCCGAGCCAAGCGCUCUCUCACUGAGUCCCUGGAGGGGAUCUGGAAGGGGAGCAGCAAGGCCAGAGCUCAGAGGGACAACAGUUUAGGAAGUGACAGCGGCUCUUCCAUUUGUACCGUCAACAGCAGCCAAGACCAGCCUUGUCUAGAUGACCCCUUGCCUGCCUUCUCCCAGCUGCGACCCACCAGCCCACUCAGGUGCCACAACUCAACAGGAGACCUGAAGCGCCUUGACUCCUCUCUCGCCCUGUCUCCCUCCUCCUCUUUACCCGGUGAUGCUCAGCCUCAGGGCUUCCGCCGACGGGCCAAUACUUUCAGCCAUCCUUCCACCCCUUCCUCAGAAGAGUACUCACCGGUGCACACACUAACUCACACACCACAGGACCCUACUGCAGCUACUAAGCCCAAGCUCGUAAGACACUACUCCGUCAGCACCGACACUCCACACCAGAGCAAUGAUGUAGCAGCUCUGUCUACACGAAGUGCAGCAUAUGGAGUAGGGGAAAGCCCUCUGCGCAGUCACCGCCACUCAUGGAGGCAGCAGAUCUUCCUACGGGUCGCUACACCUCAGAAGAACACUGAAACCAAUGAGCGGGGGGAUCCCUGUCUUGAGGGUGGUCGAGUGUGCGUGGGCCAGGUGGGAGUUGGAGGAAGUGGGGACUCGUCCAUAAGGGUGGUGCCUGAAGAGAGGACGAAAAGGAGCAAAGAGGAGCUCAGGGAGCUCUGGAGGAAGGCCAUCCUGCAGCAGAUCCUGCUGCAGAGGAUGGAAAGGGAGAACCAGAAACUACAGGCCUCAGAAAACGAUCUGCAGAACAAGCGUCUGAAGCUGGACUACGAGGAAAUCACACCGUGUCUGAAGGAUGUCACUCUGGUCUGGGAGAAGAUGCUGGGAACUCCUGCGAGGGCAAAGGUCAAGUUUGACACAGAGACCAUACAUGCUGCUGUUGCACAAGGUGUCCCAAGACAACAUCGAGGCGAGAUCUGGAAGUUUCUGUCUGAACAAUACUUACUCAGGCAGACGGUCCCGUCCAGACCCCCUGCCAAUCACACUCCAUACAAAGAGCUGCUGAAACAGCUCACCUCGCAGCAACAUGCCAUCCUCAUAGAUCUGGGGCGCACUUUUCCAACGCAUCCAUAUUUCCAAGCACAGCUGGGGGCAGGACAGCUGUCUCUGUAUAAUUUACUGAAAGCCUACUCACUGCUGGACCCUGAGGUGGGCUACUGCCAGGGCCUGUCCUUUAUUGCUGGAGUGCUGCUGUUACACAUGGGGGAAGAGGACGCCUUCAACAUGCUCAAAUUUCUAAUGUAUGACGUGGGGCUUCGCAAACAGUACAGGCCUGACAUGAUAAUCCUGCAGAUUCAGAUGUACCAGUUGUCGCGGCUGCUUCACGACUACCACCGGGAUCUUUACAGCCACCUAGAGCAGCAGGAGAUUGGACCCAGCUUAUACGCCACCCCAUGGUUUCUCACCGCCUUUGCCUCACACUUCCCUCUCGGCUUUGUGGCCAGAGUCUUCGAUAUGUUGUUCCUGCAGGGGUCAGAGGUCAUCUUUAAGGUGGCCUUGAGCCUGCUGGGGAGCCACAAGCCUCUGAUCCUGCAGCAUGAGAACCUGGAGUCCAUAGUGGACUUCAUCAAGACCACACUGCCCAACCUGGGCCUGGUGCAGAUGGAGAAAACCAUCAACCAGGUUUGUCAGAUGGACAUGUCCAAGCAGCUCCAGGCCUACGAGGUGGAGUACCAUGUCUUGCAGGAUGAGUUGCUGGACACACCCCCGACCCUCAACCAACAACAGCGAGCCGCACAGCUGGAGAGGACCAAUCAGAGCCUCCGACAGCAAAACCUCGACCUGCUUGAGGAGCUACAGGUGUCGCACGCUCGCGUCUGCAGCCUGGAGAGCCGAGUGGAUGCUUUGGCCCAGUCGGAGGCCCAGCUGAGGGAGCACGUUUCGGCACUGGAGGAGGAGAAGAAGCAGUUGUUUAGCACCGUCACACGCCUCCAGGACCUCCUCACCAGCCUCGGCAUACACGCCACCCCUGAUGGACACGCCCUCCCUUCCACCCUCUGAAAGACACAGUCACAGCGACAGCAAAGAUGGAAGACAGAGAGGGGCUGGCGAGCAGGACUAUUGACUCCCUUCCCCACUCUUUGGUUCUUCCAGAGGGUUCAUAACUGCACAUACAUUUUUCCAAAUGGUAAGGUCACCUAGACGAGGAAUCGUUUGUGGAAGGCCCAGGAAGAGAAGGUCGAGUGAGACGUUAAGAUGACUCCCUACCUCGACUUUUUUCCUUUUCCGGCUCCAGAAUGUUUUAAUAAGAAGAGAAAAUCCUAAGGUAGUUGGACCUAAAACAGAGAGGAGAAGAAUGGAAAUGUAACAAAAAUGAGGAUUAAAAAAAAUAAAAAAGAAAGAAAAACAAAGGACGGCACCUUGAGUAUUAUCCCAAAAAGCAAGACUGCCCACUUCCUGCUCUUUAACAAAUAUAAAAAGAAAAUGUGAUUUGAACAACAAUCCCCAAAGGUAGCACUGUCCCACUGGGCCCCUAAUGUAAAAACAAAACAGUUACAUUUGCCCCUGUUGUUGUUGUUGUUGUUGUUGUUGUUGUUGUAUGUUUGUGUCUUUGAAUGUCUGUGAGUGUCUUCACUCAUGUGUUUUAUGCUCUUGUGUUGGAUGCAACAAGUCUAAAAUAGCCAAAAAUGUCAUCAAUAUGAAACAAGUUUGAACAAAGAAUCAGAUCCUGAAACAACAUGUUAUGGAUCACACUUACACAUAACAAGUAAGUAAUACAAAGAUGAAAUGUUUCCAAAGAAAAAAUAGAAGUGCAAGAAGAAAGUGAGAUGAAGGGACGGGUGUGUUUUUCUAUUAUAUAAGCUAAAUGAUGUCAGACAGAUCUUAGCUGGUGGUGCUCAUAUUCAGAUGUCAAAGGGGAACUAUUUUUGAUAUCUCCUCACUAUUUCUAGGCUUCCAUAGUUUUGUUUCCUGAUCCUGUACACUUUAAACUUUAGUUGCUGUACCUCACAGGAAGAGUAACACAAUAAAUCCAGUCCAUUUCACAUCCUGUUUUUUCCCCUUUGAAUACACGUCGAUCCGUCUGUGUAGAAAGGGAAAUGGAUGCAGUUUAAGCAGAAAACUAGCUGUUGGGUGACCUCUAGCUCACCCAGUAAGAGCGUGCGCCCCGUGUAGGCUGAGGUCUUUGCAGCGGCUCGGGUUCGAAUCCAACCUGCAGCCCUUUGCUGAGUAUCCUCUCCUGUCUCUCUCCCACCUUUCCUGUCUAUCCACUGUCACUCUGAAAUAAAAGGGGGGGAAGCCCCCCAAAAAUACUUUAAAUAAAAGAAAACUUUAGCAUUGCUUUUCUAGUGUGAAGUACAGAAUGCUACAGAUCAAUUGAUUUAAAGUACUUCAAAACACACUUCUCUCUGAAACUUCAAACAGGAAACCUCUGCUGUUGAGACAAUCUGUCAGCUAUGAGUCAUGUACUGUAUUCAACACUGAAUUCCUUCAACCUGAGAUGCAGCUUGGUGUGUUUGGAUGCGAGUCUCUAAAUGUGUGUCUGUGUGCUUGUGCACUUCACUGAUGGCAACAAAUCUGUUGAUUUACACUGUAAAGAUAUUUUGCUUUUACUCCUGACUCUCCUUGCACAUGUGUUUUGUUUUAAUUGAUUAUUAAUAUUAUUGUUAUCCUGUACUUUAAAAUACAUUUCAUAUCCUUUCA